AUGGGUGUAAGAAGGAAGAGAAUAAAGAAGGGGGAGGAGUGCAAGGAGAAUUGGGAUGAAUAUAGUAUUGUUAAUGAGGAUGACUGGGGUUCUUCAGCAGUGAGUAGCAUGAGCGAGCUUGUCUGGAAGUCUUUUGAUGAAGAAGGGAAGAUGCUGAAAGCAAAUUUGAAUGAAGAAGGAGCGGUGGAUGAGAUGAGAGACGCAGAAGAUGCAGAAGGUUUUCAGAAGCAGCUGAUAGAUGGAUUGAAGGAAUCGGUGGCCAGGAACAUGAUGAAAGUUGAUGGAGAGGAGAAGCAAUGCAAGAGCCAUGAAGAGCCAUUAAACAUUUCGAAGCAAAGAUAUGAAGAGUAUGUAAAGAAGAAGGGAGAGAAUAAAGAAAGUUUGUGCUCAAAGAUUGAUGGAAUGAGUAGGCGGAAUGAGGAGGAAGUUUGGGCCAGAACUGAAAGUAAUUUGAGAAUGAUCAUCAAGAAUCAGCAAGAGGAACUAGAAAGGAAGGAAGUGGCUAUAAAUAGAUUGAAUCAAAGGGUUUCCGAGCUUUCUUCGAGUAUGGAGAUAAAGGGAAGGAUAUAUGCCUUGCAAUGCAUUUGUAGGGGGGAAGAGUUGCUGAAAGCAAUUGAAAAUGAUAUAGAAAGUGAAAAACAAAUACUAGUUAGGAGAAUCGACGAAGGAGUAGAGAACUCUAAGGUAUUGCAAAAAAAGAUUGAUGGCCUGAAGAAGAUUGUGAAUGAGCUAGUGAAGAAGAUAAAAAAGAAAAGGAAUGUAAGUGAACAAGGCAUGGCAGAAUCGAGAAUUGGUAAUAUCAAUGAGAAUAGCCCCUAA